ACAUGAAAUAGACUGGAGGACCUCUGAGAACGUCUUCCCUCGAACAAACACAAAUAACCCCUUCUAAUGCAUUGAUGGCAUAACGAAUUGAGAGAGAGAGAGAGAGAGAGAGAGAGAGAGAGAGCCAGAUAAAUUGAGAGAGAGAGCGAGCUUCCUUCUUCUUCAAUCACAUGGCUGUUGGAAUUCGAUUGAUCGUUUCAGAUUUCAUCAUGUCCUUCAUGUGGGUAUGGUCAGGGGUUCUUAACAAGAUCUUUGUCAACAAGGUUCUAGGGUUAGGGCAUGAAACCAAAGGUGAAGUCAUCAAGUGUGCUCUAUCCAUCAUCAAUAUGUUCUUCUUUGCAUACUUGGGCAAGGUCACAAAAGGUGGGGCCUACAAUCCCCUCACUGUGCUCUCUGGCGCCAUCUCUGGGGAUUUCAGUCGCUUCCUCCUCACUGUUGGUGCAAGAAUUCCUGCUCAGGUUAUUGGAUCUAUUACUGGGGUUAGGCUCAUCAUGGAUACCUUCCCUGAGAUUGGACAUGGGCCGCGCCUGAAUGUUGAAAUCCAUCAUGGUGCCUUAACAGAAGGUCUUCUGACAUUUGCAAUUGUCACCAUCUCGCUUGGACUUGCUAGAAACAUCCCUGGAAGUUUCUACAUGAAAACUUGGAUAUCCAGUGUUUCCAAGCUCGCUCUCCAUAUACUUGGUUCCGAUCUAACUGGUGGAUGUAUGAACCCAGCCUCUGUAAUGGGGUGGGCUUUUGCUCACGGGGAUCAUAUAACCAAGGAGCAUAUACUUGUUUACUGGCUUGCCCCAAUAGAGGCAACUCUACUGGCAGUAUGGACAUUUAGGUUACUGGUUCAGCCACUAAAAGAGGACAAGGCAAACAUGAAGACUCAGAAAUCAGACUAAAUGGUUUUCCACUUUGAUGUUGAUAAUGAUGGAUGGUCAAACUGUUAGGCAUUGAAGCGGUUGUUAACAUUUAGAAACUGACUGAAGAUUGAAAUCCGACCAAAGGAAGUCACUCUUUCGCAUUUGAAUUCCUUCGGGUCACCUGAUUUGUAAAUAUACUGUAAUACAAAUUUGUAUUCAGUGUUUGUAUUCCAACCAAUUGAAGCUCUCUCCAAUUCAA